AACCAGCUGUAUUUGUUUUUCUAAAAUUAUUUUUUAUUUUAACUGUAUAUUAAAUCGGAAUGGAUGAGAGUGACUUCAGUGACGAUAUCGAUGAGGGCGAAGAACAGGAGGAAAUAUUAGAUCCUAAUAAUCCAGAGCACGCCUUUGCUAUUAUAGAAAGAGAUUAUAAUAAGACCGUGACGGAGAUUGAACAGAGUGCUGAAACUUCACAAUAUGCUGAUGAUUUUACUAAACUUUUCGAAGCCUUCUAUCAAACAUUCACUAAACAAAGAGAAGCAGAACAGAGGAAUUCUUAUUAUGAAAGAGAAAUUGAGACAAAAAAUAAUCAAUUGCAGGCCGCCCUAAAACUGGCCGAAGAAGACAAAAAAACAAUCGACCAAUUAAAAGAUGAAAUCGACAAGACUUGGAAGUUGGCCGACGCAGCUCACCUUCGCGAACAACUUGCUCAAGAAAUCAUCGACAAUUUGCGCAGCCAAGUUGAAAAUCUGAAUGCAGAAAUUGAAUUUAAGAACAAAAUGAGUCAAGAUACAGACGAGGUUGGUGGGUUGAGUAAACACAAGGAUGGAUUGGAAAGGGAAAGAGACAAAUUAGUAAACGAAGUUACACAAUUGACAACCAAGUUAACCAAUGCGAUUAGUUACCAAGAAGAACUGGAGAAAAAGAAUUCGGAAGCCGAUCUGAGAAUUAACGAAAUUUCAGGACAACUAGAAGAUCAAACUGAUGAAAUAAAUCGACUAAAGAAAACCAAGGAGAAGUUGGAGGCGGAUAUAUUAGAGAUAAAAUACAAACUUGAAGAUAAAGAUGUUUCCAUCAACGAUCUCGCUAAUACUAUCCAAGAGCACGUAAAAAAAAUUACGAAACUGGAGCAGGACAUUAAGGAACAAAAAUAUGUCAACGAAAAACUCUUAAAAGAAAACGAUCUUAACGUAACUAAAGUAGCGAAGCUUCAGGAUGAGUAUAAUAAUAUGCUAUUUGAAUUGGAAAAAUCCAAGAAACAGUACCACACCAAACUUAUAGACGUGAAGAGUUUAGAAGAAGAAAUUGUCCGUCUCAAAAACGAAAACGGAAAAGUGAAUAAAAUUAAAGAAAAUCUGGAAAAGCGAAUUCAAGUCUUGAAUUCCGAGAAAGACGAACUAGUAUUAGAAAAGACAAGUAUAAGGCAACGGAUAGUGGUUUUUGAGAAGGAAAUAGACGAUUACAAAAGAUACGCGGACGAAGACAAAAGGGCGAUAGAAAUGACGGCGAAAGAGAAAGAUGUUCUCAACAAAACCAUCCAAAGACAACAAAUCGUCGCUGGAGACCAGCUCAAACUGAUUCAAAUUCAAGAGCAGAGCAAGAAAAAACUCGAAAUUGAAUUAGACGCUUUUUUCAUUGAAACGAAUAAACAAAAAAAACACAUCCAACAGCUGGAACGAGAAAGAGAUAGAUUAACUGAAGAAAAAAUCGAACUGACCAAAGACGUUGAAGACAAAAUGGAAGAAAUUAGGUCUAAAAAGGCCUAUAUAUUUGAUCUUAAAAAAAGCAUAACGGAACAAGAGAACAAAAUAAGACAGCAUCAGAACUUGUACGAGGCGAUAAGGGCAGAUAAAAACGCGAUUCAAAAAUCUCUACAAGAGUCGACAGCCGAAUGUGGUGAGUUAAAAAAGAAACUGAAGAUAAUCAACCAUCAGACAGAACAAAUGAAAGAAGAUAUUGCGAUGAAAGAUAAACUUUUAAUAAAAGACGAAAACAUAAUACGGAAGAUCACUAAAGAGAAGGAAACCUUAAAGGUUGAGGUGAUGACUGGACUUGACCAAAUCAGGUCGCUCAGGCAGGAAAUUAAAGAUCUCAAAGAUGAACACAAAAUACUCAGGAAAAAUAUUCUGGACCAAGAAAAAAUAAUAAGAGAACAAUCGAAAGAUUUGGAACAGAUGGUGAGCGAGAGAGAUAUUUUGGGUUCUCAACUAGUGAGGAGAAACGAUGAAAUAGCUUUGUUGAUCGAAAAAAUUAACAUUUUACAAUCUACACUCUCUAGGGGUGAGACGCACUACGAUCAAAGACUAGAAGACAUCAAACUCCUUAAACUAGAAAUCAAAAGAAUGAGGCAGGAAAAAAAUCUUAUGUCAAAAUCGAUGAAUAACGCGAUGGACUUAAAACAGGAAAUAUUUCACCUGGAACGAGAUUUAACGAAAUCCAGACUCAAAUGUAAAGCUCUCGAACAGGAAGUACAAAACCCUUUAAACGUUCACAGGUGGAGAAAAUUAGAGGGUUCAGAUCCGGAAGUUUUGGAUUUAUUACAAAAAAUAAGACUCUUGCAAAAGAGAUUGCUUCACCAAACUUCCGAAGCUGUUGAGAGGGAACGACAACUAAAGGAAGCCGAAAGGCUAUAUCUAAACUUGAGACAAGUGUUAGCCAAGCAACCGGGGCCUGGAAUCCAAGAGGAACUCACAAAAACUCAAAGGGCAUUGAAGCAAAGAGGAGACAAAAUGAAGUGUCUGGUCUCAGAGAUGAAUAUGACCGAAUUAAAAUUAAUGGAAUACAAAUCCGAUCUGGAAAAGGCGAAUGAAGAAUUGGGGGAAUUAAAAAAAAAGUAUUUGCAAGAGAAAAAAGAAAACAACGCACGCUUAUUGGCUGGAGAUUCUAGGCGGGAAAUCGACCGUCAUCUAGCACAGACCAGCGAAGUGCGUUUUACUGGUGGUGGCUUUAGAAUGUCGGUUCAAGAAUCUUACAAAUAAGUGAAAAUGU